UAGAACUAGUUCACCUGUCAGCCCGCCGCUUAAUAUCCUAAUGACGUUUGACGAGCUGAAACUUUUCUUCGUUUUGUUUUUAGUCCCAUACCUUUUAUCGACUGUUCAACGCGGAACGGCACUAGUAACCCACGCCGUAAAAAAAUGAUUAUGGAACCUUUAGCUAAACGGUAUCUAUUUUCAUGGCUGUUUGUGGCUUUAAGUCUUCAGGUGUCGAGUUUACAUUUUGCAGUAGCGACUUACUACACAGCCUACCUGAACGUGUCGUUUAUUGAUCCUGCAAACAACGAAACCAUAUCGCGACAAGGGGAAAGCGGACCAACGCUAUAUGGACAAGAUUCUCCUAAAGUUACGGUGAUGGGGGACGUUUAUUUACCUGAUCCGAUUUACAGUUGCGAAAGUGAUACUUUUUAUGAUGUGCCUAGUGGGUCAAAGGGGUGGAUCGCCAUAAUUCAACGCGGCUACGAAUGUACUUUUACACAGAAGAUCAAUGUUGCAGCCAGUAAAGGAGCUGUUGCUGCUGUAAUUUUCAAUGGUCUUGGUACAAACAAUACAGUCAUCCAAAUGUCGCACCCAGGAACAGGAGAUAUGGUUGCCAUCAUGAUUAGUCACAGACGGGGCAUGGAAAUUGUUGAGCUGAUCAGGCAAGGGAUUCCAGUCUCGAUGACCAUUGAGGUGGUCAAGCAGCAUGGUGUCUGGAUGAGCCACUACUCGGUCUUCUUCGUCUCCAUCUCCUUCUUCAUGAUAACAGCAGUAACUGUUUGCUACUUCAUCUUCUACUCGGCCCGCCGCCUCAACGUCGUUCGUCUACAAAACCUUCAACAGAAACGGCUGAAGGCAGAGGCCAAGAAAGCCAUUGGUCAGCUGCAAGUCCGGACCGUGAAACGGGGAGAUAAGGAGACUGGGCCUGACGCUGACACCUGUGCAGUAUGCAUUGACGCUUACAAGUCUGGCGACGUGCUGACCAUUCUCACCUGCAAUCAUUUCUUCCACAAGACCUGCAUUGAGCCCUGGCUAAUGGAGCACAGGACCUGCCCCAUGUGUAAAUGUGACAUACUCAAGGCCUUGGGAGUAGAGCAGCCGGAAGAGGACCAGCCCAGUCAUCAGUUGACCAUGCAUCCAGACAUGACGUCCUACCCCAGGGUUCUAGUCCCAGAGGACACCCGCAGUGAGACAGCCUCUGCAGGCUAUGCUUCUGUACAAUGCACAGAGGAGCACAGCAGCCCAGCAGAUGAGACCCACGUGUAUGAGACAUUGGGGCAACAUCCUGGCCCAGGAUCAAUCCAGGUGGACAUCUUCCAGCCCCAUUAUGACAACCUCGCCUUUGAGGGCAACUCACGAAACCAACGGGAACCCCUGACAUGAAUGGGAUGCUCACUCUAAGCACUAGACCUUGGCUAAUGGGACUUGGGCCACAAUCAAUUACAUUCGAAGAUGUUUCCUGUGGUCAUGAAGCAAGGGGAAACCAGGAAUGUGGGUCUGAUAUUAUUCAUAGGGAAAGAGGGCUUGACCGAUAUAUGCAUAUCAAUUUACAUGAAAUUGGUGAGGCAAUCCUUCGAUGCACUUGUCUGAGUUUGGAAAUGGUACUGUCCAGUUUCAUUCUGAUUUAAUUGUAUUUUUUAUAAUAUGAUUUGAUUGUUUUUUUGAGGCUUAAUUACAUCAGUCAAUGUAUCACUUCAUCAGUUAAUGAUUUUAAAUGGUUUCAAGAAUUUAACACCCACAGCUUUUUAACAUACUCAAUACGGAACCUUGAGGAACACCAAAAUUUACAGUUGAUUUGGCAGAGGACAAACCAUUCACAGAGACAAACUGAUGUCUUUCUGACAGAUAAGAUCUAAACCAGGCCAGAACUUGUCCAUGUAGACCAA